CCAAACGCUCCUCAUCAUUCAAUUAAAACCCUAAAAUGCUUUCUCAACUUUUGAUAUCGCUCUUAUGCUGAGUGCACAGCUUGCUGUUGCAUUGACAAACUCCUCUCAGCUGCCAGAACAGCUUUGUUUAGACAUCCCUAUCAACGAUAUUCUUCAGAACACGUCCAUGUUACUAUUAAUCGAGCCCUGGUCUAGCAAAUAUGUCGAAGCUACCCAGAGCAAGAGAUAUGGUGAUGCGAUAUGGCAAGGUUCCAUAUAGAGGGAGGCGUCCAAAAUGGCAUCACCCAAGACACAAACGACACCAUUUUGGACACCAUCAAGGAAGAUGCAGCUGGCUACAAGGUUAAUGCUCCUGUUCAAUACGCCGAAGCUGUUGCCUUCUACGCGAGUACUAGCAGUGAAGACACCCACUCGGAUCUCAUCAAGGCCAUUGUGGAUGCAACUCCGGAUGAAAGCCUUUCUAAACGUGCCACGUUCAAGAUAAAUUGCGACGCUAACAACAAUCUCGCGUUUCAGUCAGACUAUCAGCAACUUAUCCGUAACAUGCUGAGGAGCAAGAUAAACAUUGGGGACACAAGGCUUGCCGCUAUUUAUGGUGGUUGCAGACUGAGGGUUGGGCCUUAUCGUUCUGCUCCAGAUGUCACGUAUAACACAGCACAUGCGGUGGCUAUCCUCAUCGAAGAGAAAUGCUCGAGGAGGAUUGGAUGUUGCCAGUUUGUGUCAGGUUCUUCUCCAAAGAAUGGGGGGUACCGAAAGGUCUGUUUGAGCUCGAAGCGGAGUGGAUGCCGAUGAAUAGUUGAGUCUCAUACCUUAGAAACUGGACAGUGCUGCACUAGGGAGCCACUCCAAUCCCCUCACUAGCUGCCCUCAGUGUUUAGAAAUUCAGCGAGGCUCGGAAGUUCCGGAUGGGGAAUGCUAGGAAAUGGGACUUGAAGCACUAAGUUAGGGGUACGACAAUAACUACUCUGCAGAAUAUCUGUAGAGUUUACUUAAUUAUAAACUAAGCUGAUCUUAA